AGCUAGCAGACAGCAGUCUGUAUGUGAUGGUAGUUCAAACUUCAAACUUAGGCUUGCACACGUUUAUUUAAAUUUAAUUAGAAUGAAUCGAGUGUCACUAUUGAAAUACCUCGUUAAAUCGAGUUCAGCUACUUGUUUCAGAUCAACCUACGCUACAUUCAGUAAUAAAAAGUUUUUGAACGAAAACAAAUCUAUGACAGUGAAAGGGAAUUUUAAGUUUAAUGGAUUUGAGUCUGAAUUUUUACAGUUCAUCAAAACCACGAAAGAUUUGACGAGUAUUCAUCAAUUCAAAAAAGAUGUCAUACUGAAAUAUAAAACUGUGUUAUUAACAGAGACUAGUUUUGACGCAGUUUUUAUGCGUAUGUGUAUAGCAUGCCGCAAUUAUUCAUUAGGUAAACAGUUUUUGGACCACAUUAACCAAAGUGACCAUCAAGUAAACACAGCAACUUUGGCUAGAUACUUAGAAUUGUGCUACCAUUGUAAGGAAGAAAUUAUGGAUACAAGUGAAGUGGAAAGACUGUGCCAUGUGGUUAAAUCUAACAGCCUAUAUCCAAGUCCUAGCAUUCAACAAAGUCUUAUACUAGGAUUCAGUAUCACUGACAAUUGGAGAGAAGGUUAUAAGUUACUCAGUGAAAGUGAAGGGACUUCCACUAGUUUGUCCAUGAAUGCAAUAAUUGAUUGCCUCUUCAAAAGUGAUCAAAUUGAUACUGCUGUAUCUUGGAUAAAUAAAAUUAUCACUUCAAAAGGAAAAAAAGUUCAUGAUUUCACUUAUGAGCAUUGGCUCAGAAAAUGUGCAGAUCAGCAGAUUGGAUGUAACAGUUUCUUUGAUUUUUUGGUGAAAAGUGGCGUUUUUCUGAAUGCAUCGAUUAUCCAACAGUUUAAAGACUUAAUAGAGAAUCGACUUAUCGAUCCCUUCGUUGGGCAUUUUACAACCAUCGACGAAGGAACCGGAAGAUGCCGUUCCUGUGAAAAGUUUUUGCCAAAUUCAGAAAUAAGCGACGAUGAGUUUGCCGACCUCAAAAAAGGUCUCAUGGAAAAAGUACUGCUAGGCACGGAUGUGUACCUAGGAUCGAAACCAGACGAAAUACGGCGAUUCCAGAAUUUCAUUCAAAAGACUGCGCCUUACGAUGUUGUAAUAGACGGAUUGAACGUAGCUCAUCAGGGGAAGCAAACUUUCAAGUAUCCAGAUCAAGCACUUUCCUCCGUGGUAAAACACUUCACGAACCAAAAUCUACGAGUUCUCGUCCUUACAAGGAAGCACCUACUUCGAGGAACAACAUUGAAAUCAGCUUUGGUGUUCGCUACAGAAAACUUGUCAGGCGACGACCCUUUUUUGUUGUGUUCAGCAGUCCAAAGUUCGCACACAAAGUUUGUGUCUGAAGAUGUUUUCCGUGACCACCUUUUCCGUCUAGGUGAUUUUCGGCUUCAAAACAUUUUCCGGCGGUGGCAGCACAAAGCGCAAAUGCAAAUCGUCAGCUUUGAUAAAAACGGUAGAGUCAGAUUUCAACAACCUCGCAAGUACCGCACUAUAUCUCAAUUUUCGGAUGGUUGCUGGCACAUCCCUUACGAUGACGGUACACCUCGCUACAGCUACGAAUUACCUACCACUUGGCUCUGUUUACAGCCUAAAACUAAAAAAAAAACUAAAUAAUAAUGAUUAUCUAAUAAGUCAAAUGUUUGAAAAUACAUGGAUUGUUAAGGAGA